GUAGAAAUAUGCACUUGUUCAGUGAUUAGGUGAAGAAAGGCUCAUCAAAUUGGUAAUUGAAAGAAGUUUUAAAGCCAUGACUCAGAUGUAGCUGUGCAUAUGUAGUUGCAUUAUUGUGUGACAGUUCUGAGUUCUGGUGUGGAAGGAGGUGGUACAUGGAAGAAGAAUACUCUGUUUCUGGAAGCAGUUUUGGCUUGUUUAGUCCAUGCAUGGGGGAAUGACAGAUACAGAGCUUCAUUUUCAUGUCAGUCCUGUAGACUUGCAAAACUGAGUUAACCUGGAUUUAAAGCAGGUAGUGAAUUGGUAGAUUCACAGGAUUCUUGCUUUAAACUCAAAAAAAAAAAAAUGUCACAAAGAUUGACAGGUCAAGAAAAAUAAAUUCAGGCUUGGGUUCAGUUUUUGUGUUCAACAUCGCCCUGAUAAGUGUGAAGUUGUUUAAUUAGUGCUGUUUGAUUACUGAUUAUGACACUGAUGUACUUAGGGCCCACUAAAGAAAAAGAAUGCAACCUGUUUGUGGGAUGCAUGCCUUGAUUGUUGAAUAUCUCCUUGUCUGCCAGUCCUGGGACUUGUUCUACAUUGUAGCUGCCUUUCCCACAAGGCCUGACCCUGGCAUGGGAAGGGGGAUGUUGGAUACAGCACUGGGGCCCACAUAGGGGCAGCAGGAGGUGAAGCUUUCUUCCCUUGAUGCAUGACAGUCCCAAGAAACAGGACUGAAUGUAUGUACAUCUUCUGCUAGUAAAAGUAUUUCUGAUCUUACAGUGUCUUACAGUUUUAAGCUAAAGUGGCUUGGGUUUGGAUUUUUUUGUGUGGUUAUACUUUGAUAGCUAGAAGGGCCAAACCAUGAGAUAGUCUUAAGGGUCAAUCCUGUAAAAUGUGGGAAUUUUGAGGAUAGGUGUCCUAUGUUUUUGCAGCUGUGCAAUUGGACAACUAAUAUACAAAGGUAUGUAGCAUCUACAUGUGCAUGUAUACAUUGUGUAGUAGAUUCCACACUGUUUCUCUUUUUAAGCAAAGCCUGUGUUGCUACUGUUGACUCACUGUUUUCAAAUCUUCUCUUCUUAUAUAUAUAUUCACCUUUUAUGUGAUGUUACACUGAGCACUAAAAGAAUUUCCCAAAAUUACAUAUGUAAUGAUUAAAUGCAAAGGCAUUUUAAGCUAUGUGUCCUCACCUGUAGUGGGGACAAAUCCAUCACAAAUUUCUAAAUGAAUGCUGUUUUUCUGUGUUUAAAAUGAAUUUGUGGAAACUAGUUUGCUUAUGCCUUGAUGUUGAAUAUUUGCCUAAAUUCUAGCCAAUUGUUAUAUUUAGACAUUAGAGUACAAAAUGCCAAUAAGUUAAAAUACUGGUUUGUAUUUUCAUUACUAUACUGUAGUACUCUGCAACAGGAGGCAAACAGGAAGUGUACAAUCCACAUUCUUGGUUACUUUUUCAGAUAAUCUGGAUGUGUUCAAUAGCAGUUUCAAAAUUUCUAGCCCUUAAUGCCGAGUUUUGUUGCCAUCAUAGCUGUGGUGUGGGUGGAAAAACCCAACCAGAAAUGAGCAGAUCUAACUGUAAGCUACUUUGCAUGUUGUCAAUUGACUAUAAAUUGCAGCAGUCAUUGACUCAGUGGAACAAGCUACAUAAUUCAGGUAGGAGACUUGCAUGUUGCUGUAUCUAGCCACAGAUCUUCACUGCAUAUCAAUGUUCUUGUAAAUCACUUCUACCUACCAUUUACUAACAGUGUUUUCAUGGCUUUUUAAUGAAUCCUGUUUAAUGUGAUCUCCUAUUUAAUAAGGUGUAAGAAAAAUGGAACAUUAACUUCUUGUUGUUUUUUUUUAAUAUCACUCAGGUAUUUUCAGGUGUUCAUCACUCUUAUGACAGCACAUCUUGUUUCCCUGGAUUUUACUUUCAUCUGAAGAUUGGCUAGAUGCAGAACCUGAUGGAUGGCAAAAGCUACUGUAACCUCAUCUGUGCUGAGGCUCAGCACAUCCAGCUGGCAAGGCCUUUCUGUGCAGACCCACUGGUCACGUUUCACGUGUACCCAGAAGCACCAAACCAGGUCCCUUUGUCCGAAGAUUUGUCAUUCCUUCCUUUCAUGUCGGAGCAUCUCAUUACUGAGACCUUCUACAGUGAGCCCUGUCCUUUUCCCUACCAAAUGCCCCAUUCUAGUCUCCACAAGAGUGAGUACUCCUAUGGGUCAGCUUUCAUCAGGAAGAGGAAUGAGAGGGAAAGGCAGCGUGUUAAGUGUGUCAAUGAAGGCUACGCCAAGCUGAGGCACCACCUGCCCAAGGAAUACUUGGAGAAACGGCUCAGCAAAGUGGAGACCCUCCGUGCUGCUAUAAAAUACAUUAGCUACCUGCAGUCUGUGCUGUGCACUGACUCUGUGGUGGCAGGAAAAGGUGUCACAGAGCCCAAGCAGGCUCCUAAAGCCACUAACAAACAAACCCAGUUCUUGAAGACGAUCUAGAGCGUUCCGAAGUUAUCCUGUCUGGGAAUGUAGUAGCCACUGUGUUAAUGACGUGUGUGUUGCUGGCACUUCUUAGGAGCAGAUCGUGGCACACGUCAGAAUCAGCCCACACAAGAGCUUUAACGUUGCAGAUAGUAACUACACUCGGAUAUGAGAGAGACAACUGGGAAAAUCUCAGCUGAAUGACCUAAGUUAAUUCAUGAAAAUCAGAAUGCAUUUCUAAAUUUGUCACCAAGCUAAAAAUGUAACACCUAUAUGUGUGAAGUAACUGUAUGUCUCAUCACAACCUGCAUACUUCAAAAUAAAAUCUUUCUACUUACGUGACUGAGA